AGCACCACCAAGGCACCAAAACAGGGCAUCAACAAGGCAAUCCUCCAGAACAACCACCAACCAAUCAAACAACCCAGGAGCAGAACCAGCAGACAGUGAGCUAUAGCAAACUAUACUCAAAUCCCAUCAUUGCUGUGAUACCCUUGUGAACUUCAACAUGCAACCCUCCUACAAACACCUCGAUAUACCUGAUUGGCAGCACAAUAGAUGAUUUUAAGAAAACCCUCUACAUUCCCCCAUUUCAAUGAAUCCCAAAACAAAAUGCGAAAUUUGAUUAAAUCCAAUAGCUCCUCCCUAUUCAGUUGUGUAGUCUCAAAGAUGCAUUGAUUUCUCAACCUCCAAAUUGACCACAAAACAGCAAAAGGAAUAAUCUCCCAUACUAUUUUUCUUUUUUUCCUACAUUUCCAACUCAUCCACCAUUCAAGCAAAAUAGGCACUGAACCAGCGACGAUAGCCCCCACCAGCGCAAAACUGCAGACCAGAUCCUUCAAACUUUCUACCACCAGAUUAAGACACGUUCCAAAGUUUCAUUGUCAACACCACAAAAUCUGCAUUGUCCAUCAUUAUUGUUGUCAAGAAUCCCCAAUCCAGUAACCCUAUCCGAGGCCUUAACUCGACCUCUCCAUGCCAACCAUCCGAAGAACUUCACUGAUGGUGGUGCUCCAUUCCUCCAAAUCAAUUUUGGUACUUCCAGAUUAGGACCCAUCUCGGCUUCAAUACAAUUAUACAUUGAUGCCACUGAAUAAACACCACAUUUAUCAGCCUUCCAUCCAAUUGUAUCAUCCCCCCUCUGAUUAAUCCCCGUAGCACCCAUUAAGAGGUUGUUUAGCGUAGUGACCUGUUCUUCCUCCCAAGCCAUCAAUGGUCUUCUAAACUCCACCUUCCAUUCAUAUCUACCGCUCGCAGGGACCACAAAGGCUGCAACUCUCCCUUCCUUAUUAGAACUGAUCUGGUACAAUCUUGGGAAGAUAUUUCGUAAUACGGUUCCCUCCCUUAACCACUCAUCACUCCAAAACUGCAACCUAUUUCCUCUGCCAAGGCUGAAUUUGAUAUUAUCCAAGAAAAUAGCAAAAGCUUCAGGCCAUGUAACACAUACCAAUGAGAUGUCUGACCAGGCUCUGGAAGCAUUGCGAGAUUGGACUGCUAGGAAUGGCAAGUGCAUUGGAUACACUAUGUGGCCAAUCCUAUGGAGCAGAGCAAUACCAUAUGCUUGGAAUCCAUAUGCAAAGAGCUAUGCUUAUUCUUUCACUAGUAAGCAUACCUCUUGCAAUCAUUUGGGCAAACACUCACGCCAUUCUUGUCGCCUUUGGUCAAGAUCAUGACAUAUCUGAAGAAGCUCAAAUCUAUGCACGAUUCAUGAUCCCAAGCAUAUUUGCGUAUGCGCUUCUUCAAUGUCUUGUCAAGUUUUUGCAAACUCAAAACAUUGUCUUCCCAAUGAUGAUAAGCUCGGGGAUUACUACUUUAAUCCAUCUACUUGUAUGUUGGGCAUUGGUUUUUAAGACUGAUCUAGGUCUUCGUGGAGCGGCCUUGGCCAAUUCCAUCUCUUACUGGACAAAUGUAGUGUUGUUAGCUCUUUAUGUCAAGUUCUCUUCUUCUUGUGCAAAAACUUGGACUGGCUUGUCAAAAGAGGCCUUGCACGAUAUUCUCAAUUUUCUCGGACUUGCAAUUCCUUCGGCUGUCAUGGUUUGCUUGGAAAUGUGGUCGUUUGAAAUGAUUGUUCUAGCAUCUGGUCUUCUUCCUGAUCCUGAGCUACAAACCUCGGUGCUUUCUAUCUGCCUUAAUACAACUACAACAGUUUGGAUGAUCACCUAUGGGCUCGGUAACGCAGUGAGCACGCGGGUCUCAAAUGAGUUGGGGGCAGGGCGCCCAUACGCUGCUCGUUUGGCAGUGUGUGUCGUGUUAGUAAUGGCGGUUACAGAGGCUGUUAUAGUUGGAGCAGUCAUGAUAUCGAUCCGAAACAUCUGGGGCUAUGCUUACAGCGAUGUAGUAGAAGUGGUCAGAUAUGUAGCAGCCAUGAUGCCCAUCCUAGCAGCUUCCAAUUUCUUGGAUGCACUUCAGGGUGUUCUUUCAGGCACAGUAAGAGGAUGUGGAAGGCAGAAGGCUGGUGCAUUUGUGAAUUUGGGAUCAUAUUACAUUGUGGGCAUUCCUUCUGCUAUAGUAUUUGCUUUUGUUCUACGCAUUGGCGGAAAGGGCCUCUGGUUUGGGAUUAUAUGUGGACUCAUUGUGCAAGUUCUAUCACUUUCUACCAUUACACUAAGAACUAAUUGGGAGCAACAAGCAAAGAAGGCAACGGAACGCGUAUAUGACUCUACAAUCCCUGUGGAUACAGUGUCAUGAAACAGAAACUGAAAGCACUGUAACAAAGAAGCUUCCGAGCUGAUUAAGGAGCGAAUAAAUGUGUAUUAUCAAUUGUAGCCAAUUUCGGACUUGCUAGUGAAUCAGAUCAACCUAGACAUAGUUGUGUUUUUCAGUCUUUACUGAUAUAAUAAUUGGCUCUGUACAUUGUUUUCGAGCAAAAA